AUGGGCCAGAGGCACAACAGACGUCGCACUCGUCCUCGCUCUCGCAAUAGAAACCAGCUGCCGCACGAUCAAGACACAACCACUCCGACGCCCGUCUGCCCGGGUCCUGGUUCUCCAUUGGCGGUUCCAUUAUCAUCCAUCUGGAGCCCCCAGUCCACCGACGCAGAGCCGACCCCUAUACCCGUCUCUGCCGUAUGCUCAUGCCCUUCACGCGGACCUGCGGGCCUAGGAACCCCCGCCCCGACCUGGCACUAUGGGUAUACGACUUGGCAGACCCGUGAAGGCGUGCGCGACACGAGCAGCACGGUAGAGGCGGCGCAGUGUCGUGUGUUCGGUGGAGAGCCGGGCGACGAUGUGGCUUUAUGCGAGCGCAUGCUGGAGUAUUUUGGUGGACUCGACUAUAUCAAUUCGUGA